UGCGCAGUGCUGAUCCCCUCCUCUUCCUCCUCCUCCCAUCUCGUUUUUCUGUUGACGUUUGGCUUUUGUGCCUGUUUUACUAAGUGUGCGUAAUCUUCCCAUCAUCUUCAUAACUGGACCGUAUUUUUCGUGCAAGCGUGCGACCCGGCAUCGACUUGCGUUCCGAAAAAGCGCGUGUAUCUCUCAGAAACGCAAGAUAUUCGCCCAGGAUCUUCAAGGUUUUGUUUCCUUUGUCAUACUGUCUUCCUGUGCUCAUCUGCGGAGGUUACAGCCGUCGGUCCGUCUGCUCUGCGUGCUGCUAUUUUAGGGCCACCCCGACAAAAUUCAGCCUCGGCAAAGCUGACGUUUAUAUUCGAGGCUCGACAGGGAUUUAACAUUCGUCGUGUAUGUUAUUAUGCUAGGCUAAUCAUCUGUAAUAGCUCGUAGGCUGCUUUAGAUCAGCACCUGCUUGGAAUGUUCGACUGUGUUCACAUAGGUAUAAAUGUUAUGCAGAGCUGAUUUAGUACACAGUUGUUUUGUCCGUCUCGCUGGGUAAAUUGAUGGUUUGCAUUGUUGUUAGGUAAUACAGCCCGAAAGCCCCAGUAGAGACUGUUUUCCAUAUCUGGCAGGGGGAGCUUGAUGAUUGGUUGACCAAUCAUUGGUUGGCCUGAGGUGCUGUUGGGUUUCGAUAUUAGAGAAUUGAAAAGUUCGGGUUCUGACGACCAAUAAGCGACGAAAAUGUUUCGCUACCUAAAUGAUGUGGAUGACAGCCCAUAUAUGAUGGAUCCAUUUGCGGCACACAGGCAUCAGAUGAGGAGUCUCUUCGGGUCAUUUGGCAUGGACCCAUUUCCUAUGACCCCUCAGAUCCAGCAUCCGCGUACACGCAUACAGCCACAGGCGGGUGCCCUGACUCCCUUCGGCAUGAUGGGAAUGGGUGGAGGGUUCAUGGACAUGUUCAGCAUGAUGAGUGGAAUGAUGGAGAACGUGGAACGCAUGUCUGGUGCUCCAAGCUGCCAGACCUAUUCCUCCUCGACAGUCAUCUCGUACUCCUCCACAGACGCAGGAGCACCUCAAGUUUAUCAGCAGACCAGUGAACUACGCACUGCUCCUGGGGGUAUCAGAGAGACGCGUCAAACAAUGCGUGACAGCGAGAGUGGGCUGGAGCGUAUGGCUAUAGGCCAUCACAUCGGAGAAAGGGGUCACGUGAUGGAACGUUCAAGAAACCGACACACGGGGGAUCGCGAAGAGAGACAGGACUUCUUUAACCUGGAGGAGAAUGAGGCAGCUGCCUUUGAUGAUGAGUGGAGGAGAGAGCUGGGCCGGUACCGCCCACCAACUACCCGUAGUUUAGAUUAUGGACGUGACCGGAAUGCAGGGGUUGGACAGCAGCUGGCCCUAACAGCGCCGCCAAGCUCUUCCUCUCCCUCGCCCCGCCACGACUCUCCACGACAUCAUCCUCCCCAAUCGCGUCCGCGUUACGACUGGUGAGAGGUGGAGUGGAUUAGUCGGUGUGGAGAGAUCUACCUGAUGCUGUGAAAAAAAAGAGAAAGAGGAGGGAUAGUGAAGAAUAUUAUAACCGAUGAGUCAAAUGUUUGAUAGUUCUGAACUGUUUCAAUAUGUGUAGUCAACUCCUUACAGGGCAGUGUUCUGGCAUGGGGUAUCAUAACACAGGCUAAAAAAUUCUUACAUGGCAUCUCCGUUGUGUUGAAUUUCGCCUGGCCUGGGUAUUUCAUACCAAGUUACUACUCCCAAAGCAUACACACCAGCAUUCAUCAUCCAACAGCAACCUUGUGAUUAUACAAUACACACACACACACACACACACAUACAUCUUUGUAUUUAAAUUCAUUGUCAUGCUUCCAAUAUUUCAAUAUCCAAAUAUUUAAGUACACACACGCGCAUACACAUUCACUGUAAAGUCCAUAUAUGUUUGUGUUGACACUAGGGUAUCUGUGGGUUUAACUGUACAAUGCUGACUAAUUAAACUUAUUAACAAAUAAAAAGAUCUUGUUACAUCA